CAUAAAACCAGAAAAUAAAAAAACAAAAAAAACAAAGGAAAAUAGAAAAACACUAAAAAGAAGAAAAGAAAACCCCAGGAUUGUUCAUUCCUCUCUCAGGCAAGUUUGGCGACACCGAUCUCGCUAUAAAACUAUAAUUUGAUCUAACGAAAUGUCUCGAUUAAUUCAGUAUUCGAGACUCUCGCUCCCCAGAUUCUCUAUAGCCGCAUCAACAAAUGGGCGUUUUUUCUCUUCUGGUCCUGAUAAACCUACGGGCCCUAAUGUUUAUGUAAAACCUAAUAAAAUUGAGGAAGCGGAGACAGUCGAAGUGCCUCCUCCUCCAACAGAGAAGUUGCUUGUGCUUGGGGGAAAUGGAUUUGUUGGUUCUAAUGUCUGCAAGGAAGCUUUGAAUCGUGGUUUGACUGUCGCUAGCCUCAGCAGGUCAGGAAGACCCUCGAUACAAGAAUCAUGGGCUAACAGAGUAAUGUGGCAUCAAGGUAACCUUUUUUUGACUGAGUCGUGGAAGGAUGCGCUGAAGGGAGUUACAUCAAUUAUUUCUUGUGUUGGUGGGUUUGGUUCCAAUUCACAGAUGUACAAAAUCAAUGGAACUGCAAAUAUUAAUGCUAUUAGAGCUGCUUCAGAAGCAGGUGUAAAGCGGUUUGUAUAUAUCUCUGCUGCUGAUUUUGGCCUCGUGAAUUAUCUUCUCCAAGGAUAUUAUGAAGGAAAGCGAGCCGCUGAGACAGAGCUACUCACCAGGUAUCCAUACGGAGGAGUAAUAUUGAGGCCGGGAUUCAUUCAUGGAACUCGUCGUGUUGGGAGCAUGAAGUUACCACUUGGUGUCAUUGGUUCUCCUUUGGAGAUGGUUCUCCAGUAUACUAAAGCUCUGAACCAGAUUCCCCUUGUUGGUCCUCUAUUAACCCCGCCUGUUAGUGUCAAUUCUGUGGCUAAGGUUGCCGUGAGAGCCGCGACUGACCCUGUAUUCCCUCCGGGCAUCGUUGAUGUUUACGGGAUCCAACGGUACGGCCAGCAGCAGAGAUGAAACUUUCUUUUUCUCCAGACUGCUUAUUUUGAGGCCGCAAUAAUAGAAUUGCUAGUUUAUUAUAAGUGAGAUGAUGGCUGAAUGUAAUAAAGAGACGUUAUGUAACUCCACAAAUAUCAAAUUUUAGUAUUUCUUGUUA